AAAUAAUUGUGGGCAUACUAUUUGUGUGGGCACUGAUAUUCUAGUCUCUCAUUAGCUCCACCCUGUUUCAUUCUGACAGCUGGACUAAAUCGACCCUGGGCCGUGGCAGCUUGCUUUCCAUCCGGGACCGGUCCCACUCUAGCCCACUUGACAACUUGCCUUCCCGUAUAUGAGCAUACUUUUUGGCCCUUGUGUUUCUUUCAUCCUCAAACACCUUACAAUAUUCUACUUUCAAUACUCACACAUACAACUUCUCACCGAAAUCUCGACAACACCUCUUUGUUUUUAAUUAACUAUGAAGCUCCCUUCAAUUUCUUCUUGGACAACCUGCCUCUUGGUUGCUAUAACAGCAGCCAAUGCCACCCUAAUCUCCUCCGCCCACACAUCGAAAUCAACCGAUCUUGCCGCACGAAAUUCUCCACAUGCUGGAUUUCGCAACGUUGGUUACUAUGGCGAUUGGAAAACCUACAAGAACUUCAGCGCCAGCGACAUCCCAGCGGAGCGGUAUACGCAUCUAAUCUACUCGUUCGCUAAAGUUGACAAGAACACGGGUGAAGUACUUCUCAGUGACGAAUAUGCGGACUUAGAGAAACAUUUCCCUGGUGAUCUAUGGGACGGUAAAUCAAACGCUUACGGCGAGAUCAAACAGAUGUAUCUUCUCAAGAAGAAGAACCGUUCUCUAAAGACUUUGCUUUCUAUCGGGGGGUACACGUACUCUCAAGAGGGACAGUUUGAACCAAUGCUCGCAUCCGAAUUGACGCGUUCGACAUUCGCCUGGUCCGCGGUUCAAAAGAUGUUUGACCUUGGCUUCGACGGCCUUUCUCUCGACUACGAAUACGUCUCAUCCCCCGUCGAAUGCCACCAAAUGAUCGAUCUCCUAAAGAAGAUUCGCACCGCGAUGGAGUCAUACGCCAAGUCCACCAACUCGGCACCGUUCAUCAUUUCGUACGCAUCUCCGGCCGGAGCGAAAAACUAUCAGCACCUCGAUAUGCCAGCCAUGGAUAAAUACAUCGACCAAUGGGACUUCAUGGCAUAUGAUUACGCUGGAGCCUGGGACACAACCUCGGGCCAUUCUUCUAACCUCUUCGCCAACGCAGAGAACCCUUCUCACACCCCCUUCAACACAGAGUCCGCCGUGGACUACUAUAUCAAUCUCGGGAAGAUCGCGCCGGGGAAGAUUAACCUUGGUUUGCCGCUGUACGGACACGUCUUUGUUCAGACCAAGGGUCCAGGCAACGAUUACGAUAAAGCUGCAUCAUUGCAAGAAGGUGACAAAGGGAGCUUCCUUUACAAAGAUAUCCCUUCAGCUGCCAACAUCGUCGAGCUUCCUGAACUUGGUGCUAGUUACAGCUACGAUGCAGGGAAGGAGUACAUGGUUUCCUACGAUACCCCCAACAUCGCUCGCCAAAAGGCAAAGUGGAUCAAGGAGAAGGGUCUCGGUGGCGCCAUGUUCUGGGAAGUUUCUGGGGAUAAGACUGGCGAUGACUCUUUAGUUGCCACUGUUGUCAAAGAGCUCGGCAAGUUGGAGAAAAGCAAGAACCACUUGAGCUAUCCUGAGAGUCAGUACGAGAACAUCAAGAGUGGCAUGAAGGGAGAGGGCGAGAAGUUUCAUGCUCAGGAUGUGGGAAGAGAGGAUGACGAGCCUGCUGAGCCUGCAUCUCAGAAGGCUGAGGAGAGCAAGGCGACUACUACUCGUCCUGAGCCCUUUAUCGACGAUGCAGUCGAGGUGGAUGACAAGGAGGGCAACCAAGAAGAGGGCACAGAGGAGGAUGAGGAGGAGGGAAGUGAUGAGAAGAGAAACCAGCAGGCACACGAUAGCAAUUCUUCUCCUAUCUUCAAUACCAGCAAGAAUAGUGCCAAGAAGUCCGCUUCCUGCACUCAUCUAGCGCCAACGGUCGGCCAAUUUGGGGCCACUGUUGCAGGAACUAUCUUGAUCUUUUUGUUGUAAGGGAUAUCACUCUUUUGGGAUUCGGCGUUUGGUAAAAAGUUGCUUGGUUUUCGCGUCCUUAAUAACGUGUUUGUUGCGCCGCUUCCGUAGAACACACAGUGGGCUUGCUGCCCUGUAUUGCUCAGCCUUUUGAGAGGCUAAGGAGCUGUUGGUUGCAUAUCCUCUAAUUCGAUAGUUUUUCUUUUUGGGCACGGGGGAUUAUUGGGUUGUCUUUGUUUAUAGAUUGGGCACUUUACAAAUACAUCAUCAUUUUUAUUUGCAUACAUAGGUUUUGACACAGGCUUUUCAAUUUUCCGGGGGACUUUCCUGAGCUCAUGGAGGCUGGGUGUAUAGGUCUCGCUGACUGUUUAGGGCUUAACCGAACUGGAAAGGUUAAUGCCGGGUGAAUACUAUACGGAGGUAGCAAUUCUCAACAGAAUGAUGUCCACGAAUCGCG